CACCAACAAACAUUCAGAAAUCAGAAUCUUCGGUUUCCGAGUCAACUCAAACUCAACUCAACUCAACUCCCACCCAUUUCUAUUCUCUCUUUCCGCCUUCUCUGACUGAGUCAACACCGAGUCGACUCGUUUCCUUCUUAUCUUUUACAAUACACUCCAGACUCGUCUCCGGGGAUCGGGUAUCAGGAUAGGUUGUAGUGUAAUUCAAGCUCAGUACAGCUCCAAGGUCAUCGGAUCUGAAUUUUGUGCGGUUCCGGUUCAGUUUCCGGCGGCCGGUGAACUGAAAAUGCGGAGGAUUGUUUAGCGGUUUGGUAGUGGCUUAUUCUGGGAGUUUGGUGUGUUUUUAUGGUGUAUAUAAUUGUAUAGUUAGUGAAUUCAGCUCAGCUCGCGAAGAUGAUGAUAUCAAGGGGGUUGUUUGGGUGGUCGCCGCCCCACAUACAGCCGUUGACGCCUGUUUCGGAGGUGUCGGAGCCGCCGGAAUCACCUUCGCCGUACUUGGAAGCUAGCGGCGAUGUGGUCCCGGCUGAGAUGGAUGAGGAAAUUGAUGCUGAGACUGAGGAGAUUGAGCCCCCGCCGGCUGCCGUGCCGUUCUCGCAGCUGUUUGCAUGUGCCGACCGCCUCGAUUGGUUCCUCAUGGCUAUUGGGUCGCUUGCCGCAGCUGCUCAUGGCACGGCUCUGGUCAUUUACUUGCAUUACUUUGCUAAGAUUAUUCACUUGCUAAAGCACAGUUCAGAGCCGCCUGAUGAGUUGUUCCACAGAUUUACUGAGCUUGCUUUGACCAUUGUUUAUAUUGCUGCUGGAGUUUUUGUUGCUGGUUGGAUUGAGGUAUCGUGCUGGAUUCUUACUGGAGAGCGACAAACUGCUGUAAUAAGAUCAAAAUAUGUUCAAGUAUUACUGAACCAAGACAUGAGCUUCUUUGAUACAUAUGGAAACAACGGAGAUAUAGUGAGCCAAGUAUUAAGUGAUGUGCUGCUUAUUCAAUCAGCUUUAAGUGAAAAAGUGGGGAAUUAUAUUCAUAAUAUGGCUACAUUUUUCAGUGGUCUUGUGAUUGGAAUUGUUAACUGUUGGCAAAUAGCCCUUUUGACUUUAGCAACCGGCCCAUUUAUUGUUGCAGCAGGAGGAAUAUCAAAUAUAUUUCUACACAGACUUGCAGAGAAUAUCCAAGAUGCUUAUGCUGAAGCUGCUAGUAUUGCUGAACAGGCUGUCUCUUAUAUUAGGACAUUAUAUGCAUUUACAAAUGAAACAUUGGCAAAAUAUUCAUAUGCAACGUCUCUACAAGCUACACUUAGGUAUGGUAUAUUGAUAAGUCUUGUCCAAGGACUCGGACUCGGUUUUACAUAUGGGCUUGCAAUUUGUUCUUGUGCCUUGCAACUUUGGGUUGGAAGGUUCCUGGUUACUAGUGGAAAAGCUCACGGUGGUGAAAUUAUUACUGCCCUAUUUGCUGUUAUCUUAAGUGGCCUUGGGUUAAAUCAAGCAGCUACAAACUUCUAUUCGUUUGAACAAGGGAGAAUUGCUGCAUAUAGACUUUUCGAGAUGAUAAGCCGUUCAUCCUCCAGUGUUAAUAAUGAAGGAAUUACUCUUGCUUCUGUACAAGGAAACAUCGAGUUCCGGAAUGUGUACUUUAGCUACCUCUCCCGACCUGAAAUUCCUAUAUUGAGUGGAUUUUACCUCACUGUACCAGCAAAGAAGGCAGUAGCGCUUGUUGGCAGAAAUGGCUCUGGUAAAAGUAGCAUUAUUCCACUUAUGGAACGGUUUUAUGAUCCUACAUUAGGAGAAGUACUUUUAGAUGGGGAAAAUAUAAAAAAUCUAAAGCUGGAAUGGCUCAGAAGCCAAAUUGGUUUAGUAACCCAGGAACCUGCCUUGCUAAGUCUCAGUAUCAGAGAGAAUAUUGCUUAUGGGAGGGAUGCUUCUCUAGAUCAGAUUGAAGAAGCUGCUAAAAUAGCACAUGCCCAUUCAUUUAUUAGCUCACUUGACAAAGGAUAUGACACUCAGGUGGGAAGAGCUGGCCUCUCAUUGACAGAAGAGCAAAAGAUAAAACUUUCUGUUGCUAGGGCUGUGCUUUCAAAUCCAUCUAUCCUCCUCCUUGAUGAGGUUACUGGUGGCCUUGAUUUUGAAGCUGAAAGAUCAGUUCAGGAAGCUCUGGAUCUCCUUAUGUUAGGGCGAUCAACUAUCAUCAUAGCUAGACGGCUUAGUCUUAUUAAGAAUGCUGAUUAUAUUGCCGUAAUGGAGGAAGGUCAACUGGUUGAAAUGGGAACACAUGAUGAAUUGAUAACAUUGGAUGGCCUCUAUGCUGAACUUCUUAAAUGUGAAGAAGCUGCAAAGCUUCCGCGCAGGAUGCCAAUGAGGAACUACCAGGAGGCUGCUGCUUUUCAAAUUGAAAAAGAUUCUCCUACAAGUCACAGCUUCCAAGAACCAUCAUCCCCUAGAAUGAUGAAGUCUCCAUCUCUUCAAAGGACUUCUGGCCUCCAUGCAUUUUGUGCCUCGGAUCUUCCGUUUAACUCACAAGAAUCUCCUCACAAUCGGAGUCCCCCACCAGAGCAAACAGCAGAAAAUGGUGUGCCCUUAGAUGGAACAGACAAAGAACCAUCUAUGAAAAGGCAGGAUAGCUUUGAAAUGAGACUACCGGAGCUACCCAAGAUUGAUGUCCAAUCUGCCCAUCGACAAACACCCACUUCUGAUCCCGAAUCACCUGUCUCUCCACUAUUGACAUCUGAUCCAAAGAAUGAGCGUUCUCAUUCACAGACAUUUAGUCGACCACUUAGUGAGUAUGAUGAUGAACCUAUGAAAACAAGAGAAGCAAAGGAUAUGCAGCAUCGAGAGCCACCAUCUUUCUGGAGGCUUGUAGAACUUAGCCUUACUGAAUGGCUUUAUGCUGUUUUAGGAAGCACUGGUGCAGCAAUAUUUGGUUCUUUUAAUCCUCUGCUUGCUUACACCAUUGCACUCAUUGUAACAGCUUAUUAUAGAAUUGAUGAGAAGCAUCAUACACAUGAGAAACAUCAUAUACGACAUGAAGUUGACAAGUGGUGCUUAAUCAUUGCUUGCAUGGGAAUUGUAACUGUAGUUGCCAACUUUCUGCAGCACUUCUAUUUUGGUAUAAUGGGAGAGAAAAUGACAGAACGUGUUCGGAGAAUGAUGUUUUCUGCAAUGCUCCGAAAUGAAGUUGGAUGGUUUGAUGAUGAGGAAAAUAGUGCAGAUAACCUGUCUAUGCGAUUGGCAAAUGAUGCUACAUUUGUGCGUGCUGCAUUCAGCAAUCGUCUUUCUAUAUUCAUACAAGACAGUGCAGCUGUAGUUGUUGCUGUUCUUAUUGGUAUGGCACUGGAGUGGCGGCUGGCACUUGUGGCUUUAGCAACUCUGCCUGUUCUCACCAUUUCUGCUGUAGCACAGAAACUGUGGCUUGCUGGGUUUUCAAAGGGAAUACAGGAGAUGCAUAGGAAGGCUUCUCUGGUCCUGGAGGAUGCAGUUAGAAAUAUCUACACGGUUGUAGCAUUUUGUGCUGGAAAUAAGGUGAUGGAACUCUAUAGGUUUCAGCUGUGGAAGAUAUUCAACAAGAGCUUCCUCCAGGGAAUGGCAAUUGGUUUUGGGUUUGGCUUAUCACAGUUUCUGCUUUUUGGGUGCAAUGCUCUUCUCCUUUGGUACACCGCUCUUUCUGUGAAGCAUAGGCGCAUGAAUCUGCCAACGGCUAUCAAGGAAUAUAUAGUGUUUUCUUUUGCAACUUUUGCCCUUGUAGAGCCUUUUGGCUUGGCACCCUAUAUCCUCAAAAGAAGAAAAUCUCUGAUAUCAGUUUUCGAAAUAAUUGAUCGGGUACCCAAGAUUGAUCCAGAUGACAACGCAGCAGUGAAACCUCCAAAUGUUUAUGGAACCAUCGAGUUAAAACAUGUUGAUUUCUCUUAUCCAACUAGGCCAGAAGUCCUGGUAUUGAGCAAUUUCAGCCUUAAAGUCAAUGGAGGACAAACUGUAGCAGUGGUGGGUGUUUCAGGGUCUGGAAAGAGCACCAUAAUUUCUUUGAUUGAAAGGUUUUAUGAUCCAAUAGCCGGUCAGGUUCUACUAGACGGUCGAGAUCUAAAAUCAUACAACUUGAGAUGGCUGAGGAAUCACUUAGGUCUUGUUCAGCAGGAGCCAAUCAUAUUCUCAACCACCAUCCGGGAAAACAUCAUAUAUGCAAGGCACAAUGCUAGCGAAGCUGAAGUGAAAGAGGCAGCUAGAAUAGCAAAUGCUCAUCAUUUCAUCAGCAGUUUGCCUCAUGGUUAUGACACUCAUGUUGGGAUGAGGGGUGUGGAUCUGACUCCAGGACAGAAACAAAGAAUAGCCAUAGCUCGUGUCGUUCUGAAGAACGCACCUGUCUACUUGCUGGACGAAGCAAGUUCAUCCAUUGAAUCCGAGUCGAGCAGGGUGGUUCAGGAGGCUCUCGACACUCUAAUAAUGGGAAACAAGACGACCAUUAUGAUUGCUCACCGAGCAGCAAUGAUGAAGCAUGUCGACAACAUUGUUGUACUCAACGGUGGGCGGAUUGUAGAGGAAGGAACCCACGACUCGCUAAUGGCAAAGAAUGGUUUGUACGUGCGCUUGAUGCAACCGCACUUUGGAAAAGGAUUGCGUCCUCAUAGACUUGUUUAGACCGGACUGUAAAUUGUUUUCAGUGACAGACUGAUAGUGAUGGGCCUCCCCAGAUCUCUGCAGAAGCUGCCCAUUCCUUAAACUGCUGGGAAGUAUGGUAAGUUCCAGUCCCCCAACACCAUUACAUAUCUCAUCCUCAGACUGGAAAUAACAGACAUAAAUGAUGGAGGCCUGUUUCAGAUAUGGCAGAAACACAUAUGGGCAGUGUUGACACGCUCGUAGGUUUGACGAUACACUGCUUAGAUUGAGGUCGAGAAGGGGGGGUUUUGUAGCAAUCGGUUAGCUGCACGAGAAUAGGAUUUCGGUAUUAGAACCGUAUUAUUCUUUGGGAGGCAGGAAGUGAUAUAUGAAAGGACAAAAUCCUGUUUCUUGAUGGUAUAUUGAUUUGCUAAUUAUGGAGUGGAUUGAAUUAGUGAGGCAAUGCAUGGCUGGGUGGGCUGAUAGUUCAAUUUUCUUCUAUAUUUUCAUUCUUCUUGUGGGUGUGCUUGUUGGUGUGGGUAGUCAACUGGUUUCUUGACAGCCAUAGUUGUGUACAUUUUUAUUAGUGUGUAGAAAGCUGGAAAUACAAGUGAAGAUAUGAAGGAAGACAUUCAGACAUUGUAAUCUUUCUGUACAUAAAUAUGAUUUGAGGUGAUCUCUUUACUGCCA